AUGGCAGAGAGCUCGAAAACACUGAGAGCGAAGCGAAGAGGAGGGCGAUAUUGCGUCGCUGGAACCCCAAACCAGCGAAGUUGUCAAAAUACGUCAUUUACGCCUGGAAUACGUAUGCACCACUUUCCAUCUGAUCUGUCUGUAAGAGCUCAAUGGGUGCAAUUUGUGCGUCGCCAUAGGCAUGAUUACAAAGACCCGACCUCAAAGUAUGCUUCGUUAUGUUCUGCACAUUUUGACGAAUCUUGCUAUGAAAGGAAGAUGUCAGUUGUCAGAUCUGUGAAGAAGGAGUAUAAACUUGAAAUGAGAGUCUUUUUAAAACUGACUGCCAUGCCAACAAGGGAUUCUGUUACCCCUCAAUCACCUGAAAAGAUCAGCCAGCGAGGAAAGAGGAAGGUAAGAAUUUCAUAUGUUUACACGCUUAUUUCCAGCGAUCUGUGCUACAGUAGUAGUCCCACAUAUUUUUCUUUGUCAGGAAUACCAGCUACCCAUUUACUUGUCUUCAGAACUAUUUAAAGAUAUGUACGAUUUGCUUAGUUUUCACCACUUCGUGCCUUUCAAGAGAGUCUAAAAAUGACCUUGAUGUGUGAUGCGACGUCAAUAAACAAGACGGCCACAUUUUUUAAGGUUUCUUCCGACAAAGUGAGAAGAAUAAAAACCCUUCGUUUUGGUCGUCGUUGACAAUAAUUCAACGCCAAUAGGUCAACCAUAUUAGUCCAGUUAAACAGUCCAAAGGGUUUUCUUUUUUUAUCCUAGAAAAAGAAUUGCUGUUUUCUUUACAGACAUAUCAGAUCUUAUUAAUAGUUAGCUCAUAUAUAAUGUUUUUCAGAAGUGGCAUUGUAAUAACAUCAUCAAUAAGUUUUACCUGUUUUUUGUUUCUUGUUUUAGUUAAAACAUGAAGCUAUGGCGAAAGUGAACCUGCCUCCUAAAAAGAAAAAGCCUUCCUCAUCCACUGUCCCUGCCACUUUGGAACCAGCUUCUGAUGGUACAACAUCUUUAGACCAAGGUGCAGAAUCAGAAGCUGUUUCCAAAGACAUGCAAAUGCCUACUGCUUUGCCUGGGCUAUCAACUUCUGGUGAGGACGUUAUAAACAUCCAAUCAACCUCAGCCUCUGUUACGGUGCCUACAAUUCAGGAGCCUGAGGAGCCUGCUUCAGACAACUUGGCAGCAUAUGGUACAGCCUCAUCCUCCAUGCAUACUGUUGCAACAAGCUGUAAAGGAUGCAAGCACAAAGCAGAGUACCAAAAAGCAAUGCGCGCGAAGAAAAAAAAGAGGUCUGUUCUUUGAAGGCCACCAUUGCUGAACUUCAGAGUGUAAGUUUUACUACGUUUACUACCAUAUUUUAUUUUUUUCAAUAACUUGAAGUAAUGUUCUAAAAGAAUAAUAUAACCUUUUCUUGGUUUUGAUUUAGUGUGUGGCUGAAAACGAGACAGAGGAAGAAGGAGAAUCCGCACAGCCAAGUGGUGAGAGUACUUCACAUGGCCAAAAUUAUCAAGCACUGGAGAGGAAGAGGAGGAUAGUGCUGUGGAAGGUGAGGACCAAGAGUGGGGCCAAACAGGAGCGAGUUCAGAGGAAGAGCAAACCACAUAAGAUGAGGAAGAAAUACCAGAAUCAAAUGCAAAUGAUAUAA